CGGUUCUCCUCGCAGCUGCACGACACUCCGGGGCCGUUCUGCGUUUGGGUCGAGAUCUGGCCGCUCUGGGUCUGCCUGGGUGCGAGACGGCCGAUAUAGAACACGAAACGGCGGCGGAGGCGUAAGAAUCGGCCGCGGGACCUCCGGAGGCUGUAGUCGAGGCCGGUACGUGGUGAUAGAGCCGGGAUCGCGGCGUUGGCGCAGAGCGCGAGAGCGGCGGGGCUAACGGGGUGUGUUCUCUUCUCUUCGGCGGAGGCGAGGAGGCGAGGAAGGCGAGGAAGGCGAGGAAGGCGAAUACCGAGACGAAGCAAAGCUGCGAUACAGCCGCAAGCUGCGAGGAGCCGCGAAGCCCUUUCGAACGAGGCAAGAUGCGGAUUGCGCCUCGCUAGUCUUGGACCGUUCUUUAGUUUCGAGUUUCGUUUCACCGUAAACCCGCUCUGACGCAUCCCGACAAGAGAAAAAAUACAAUACAUAACUACUGCAUCCGACGGCAGGGUUCAGCGAUGCCGCCGUCCCCGCUGUCCUCCGAUACCGUUGUCGUACCCUCCAGGUACGCAUCGACCCGGCUGACGAUCUUCGCCACAGCUUUUAUCCUCCUUAUUGCCAAUCACCUGACACCCACCGACGCCGUGGUCUGCCAAGACUCGGCUUCGCAAAAAUGCAACUGUAAGGGGAUUAAGGGAGACUUCGGCGUACCAGGAAUCCCAGGAUUCGAAGGGCCCGAGGGACCACAUGGGGACAUAGGACUGGAAGGGACGCCGGGUUCCAAGGGGGAGAAGGGAGCCGAGGGUGAAUACGGAAGCUCUGGUGAAAAGGGAAUCCGGGGUGACCCUGGAUUACAAGGAUUUAUUGGUACUUCUGGGUUCUCUGGUCGACCUGGUGCUCCAGGUGUGAGAGGACCGGAUGGUCUCGACGGAUGCAAUGGAACUGAUGGAGUAGCCGGAGCUCCCGGGAGGUCAGGUACAUGGGGUGCACCAGGUGCACCAGGUCCUAUCGGGGACCAAGGAUUUCCCGGAGAACCUGGUGAUGGUGGAAUUAAUUCAGUUGGAGUAAAAGGGAUACGAGGAAUUCCUGGGUACGACGGAAUUCAGGGACCUACAGGACCUCGAGGUUUUGCUGGAAGUUUAGGAGCCCCAGGAGACACCGGGAACGCUGGAUACAUCGGAGCGCCUGGACUUCCGGGACUUCAGGGUGAUCGUGGAGAAGACCGUUGGGGAGUUAAGGGAUCCCGGGGAGAAACGGGUGACACCGGUGACCAAGGUGAACCAGAAUAUCGACUGAUCAACCCCCCGCGCGUCAUAUUACAGCCAGGUCCUACCGGAGCGUCUGGAGGUAAAGGGGAUCGUGGAGAUCAUGGACCGACGGGAGUGCGUGGUUGGAAAGGACAAGCUGGCCGACCUGGAAUCGUGGGUCUAAAAGGAUUCAGAGGUGAUCUAGGUCCGAAAGGCGGGAGAGGAAAGCAAGGUUUCGUCGGCAAACCAGGACCGUCUGGUGAGAAAGGUUCAAAGGGCGCACCUGGAUUCGAGGGUAUACCCGGAACUGAUGGGUUCAAAGGUGAAAAAGGUGAAACUGGUAACGCUGGUGCUCCAGGAAAACAGGGUGCCGAAGGACCCCGUGGACUUUACAUCCCAGAUCUGGACGAAAUAAUUAAGGGAAGCGUUGGAAACCCAGGAGAAGUCGGUCUACCUGGUCGGCAGGGAGACUCGGGAAUACCAGGGUUGCCCGGAAAUGUUGGAUACAUCGGGUUGCCAGGUUCACCAGGUCCUCCUGGUCCGCCUGGUACUCCUGGACCCAAGGGUAAAUCUGUCAAAGGAGAACCGGGUGACAACGGAUUCCCGGGGAUAAGAGGACCUGCCGGACCGAUCGGUUUUCCUGGACCUCAAGGAAUUGAGGGAGCGAAGGGCUUUGCGGGUCAGACGAUCAUCGGUGAGCCUGGCCAGCCUGGAUUACCUGGCAGAGAUGGAUAUUGGGGAUUGGCCGGUGAACGUGGUCGCGAUGGUGCCCCAGGACCGAAGGGAUCUCCUGGAAUAGGUGUAGCUAUAAAAGGGCCUAAGGGAGAACGUGGACCACCAGGUCCGCCUGGUCCCCCAGGAGUAGAUGGUCGACCAGGCCUCACAGGAUUGCCGGGAACAAAAGGAUUGCGAGGAGAUGAUUGCGGCACCUGUAUACCAGGUUUGCCUGGUGCAAAGGGAGAAAAAGGAGAAGGGGGCUCAGACGCCUUACAAGGUCCACCGGGACCUUCUGGUUUACCCGGACCUCGAGGAUUCGAUGGUCCUGAGGGUCGUCCUGGUCCGAGAGGACCAAAAGGAAUGCGAGGUAUUCCUGGUCGUUCUGGGGUCGCAGGUACCCAGGGACCAAAGGGGGAAAACGGAAUAAUAAUUUGGCCGAUCGAAUCUCAAAGAGGAAGCCCAGCUGGCGACCCAGGAUUCAAAGGAUUCCGUGGCGAUGAAGGUCCUCCAGGGCCACGGGGCUAUUCCGGUAUGCCAGGUGAAGUGGGAGUGAGCGGACGUAAAGGAGAAAAGGGUGAACACGGUGACACAGGAACAACGGGGCGAAACGGUUUGAACGGUUGGGAUGGUUUACUGGGUGUCAAAGGUGACGAUGCACCAAUUCCGAAAGAAUAUCUGACAGGUGAUCCGGGAUUUUCCGGAGAGCCUGGAUUACCAGGAGAUGACGGAAACGUGGGAGCUCAAGGACCGCCGGGAUUGUCGGCUCCUGGUAAUCUCACAGCUGUACUCAGAGGAGAGCGCGGUCCGAAAGGAAUACUUGGCAAUGCAGGUCUAGACGGAUAUAAGGGCGUGCGUGGGCCAACUGGCGAUGAAGGGCCAGCUGGACCUCAGGGGAGUAGAGGGCCACCCGGUAUUUCAAAGGAAGGUCCUCGUGGAUACAAGGGAUAUCCUGGAAUGCCUGGUGAUUCGGGUUUCCGAGGGAUCCCUGGAAAACCAGGACGUCAAGGAUCGCCAGGUCCACCUGGCCCCAUCGCACAAAAAGGUGACCAUGGUGCACCUGGUUUAACGAUUUACUACGGCGAUGUAGGAGAAAUGGGACCGGCCGGACAGAAAGGAGAGUAUGGGGAUGCUGGUCUUGAUGGUUUUCCCGGAAGACCGGGAGAGCCAGGUAUCAAAGGUUUUAAGGGUCCGAAAGGUGCUCCCGGAUUCGCGGGUCCGUAUGGCCUUCAGGGACCCAAAGGUCAAACCGGCACCAGUAUUCAAGGAUAUCGCGGUGAACCUGGUGCUCCCGGCCGCCCUGGUAAUCGCGGGAUUUACGGCAUCAAAGGAGCCAGAGGACCUGCUGGUCAGCCUGGAUUUGACGGUAUGAAAGGUCUGAAAGGAGAGAUUGGAUUUACCGGAUUCCGAGGAGAGAGAGGCGAGUACGGUUCAAUGGGUUACACGGGUAUGGAUGGUCCUAGGGGACAACCUGGUCCACCCGGACAAAUUGGAGAUGAUGGACCGAUCGGUACACCUGGAAUGCCAGGUUUUGAGGGCCGACCAGGCAUGGUCGGCGUGGAUGGAGUAAAAGGGGAACGUGGAGACAUUGGAUCCCCAGGAUUAGACGGAUUACAAGGUCCCCCUGGACCUAAAGGUGACUUGGGAGAUUACGGUCUACCUGGGCGAGAUGGUUCACCCGGGGAAUCAUCUUUCAGCGGCCCUCAAGGCGACGUCGGAGAUCCUGCUGCGCCAAGCGAUAUUGGUAUUCCAGGGCUUCCGGGUAUGGAUGGGCGUCCAGGGCUGCCCGGUGAAGCUGGCCUAUCGUUGGAUGGUUUGGACGGUAUCGAAGGACUGCCGGGUGAUGACGGCUACAAUGGUUUGGACGGAAUAAACGGAAUCAAGGGUGAAAUGGGAGACAUGGGUCCUGACGGUCCAAAAGGGGAGCGAGGAGAUCAAGGUUUUCCAGGUGAACUAGGUUUGCCUGGCUACGAUGGAAUGCCAGGAUUGAAGGGGAAGAUAGGUCAGAUUGGACCGGUAGGACCACCCGGCCCAAAAGGAAAUCGUGGUAUAGAAGGAGAUCCGGGACAGAUGGGACGUCCAGGCAUGCCAGGAGAUCCGGGUCCCAGAGGUUUACAAGGAUAUCCCGGUCCGAGAGGACCGAAGGGUCAAACAGGAGAUCCAGGAAUCGUUUCGUCCUUCGAGGCUGAAAAAGGUGAUGACGGAGACACAGGAAUGAACGGUUUUGUUGGUCGUAAGGGUGAACGGGGGGAACAAGGUCGACCAGGUCGACCAGGGCAAAAGGGGCAACAAGGAAACGUUGGAUUAGAAGGAAUGAUAGGGUUUGACGGACUCAGAGGCAGGAAGGGAAUUCUGGGAGAUCAAGGACCACAAGGACAAACAGGCCCACCUGGACAAUUCGCCGAACCAGGUGAAAGAGGAACGCCAGGAAGCAAUGGCAAACCAGGAUACGACGCUCCCCCGGGACAGAAAGGAGCUCCUGGAGAAUUUGGUAUUGACGGAUUACGCGGUUUUGUCGGACCGCCAGGACCCGUCGUACAAGGAAUUAAGGGAGAAAGCGGCGACCAAGGAUUCGUUGGAUAUCCGGGUGCUCCGGGACUAAUCGGCAGACCAGGAUUGGUAGGCUUUCCGGGCGAAUUAGGACCAAAGGGAUACCGAGGAGAACCUGGGUUCUCUGCAUUCAGUCCCAAAGGACAACCUGGAGAUAUAGGUUUGCCUGGAUUGACCGGUCGCAGUGGGGCAAAGGGUGCUCGAGGUGAUUCGGGACUAUAUGGACGCGAUGGCGUGACAGGAAUUAAAGGAGAGAGAGGAGACAUCGGAGAUGUCGGAUUUGAUGGACGUCCAGGAGAACCAGGACCACCGGGUAGAAAAGGAGAUCGCGGGCUAUACUUGUUUGGUCAACGUGUUUGGCCUGGAGCUCAAGGUGAUGCCGGGGUUAGAGGAUUAACAGGUUUGCCUGGACGUCCAGGAAACUACGGAGAUCCAGGUCCAGACGGCAUACCAGGGCAGCGCGGAGAGCAAGGAGAAGCGGGUCUACCUGGUCUUGAGGGGCCUCGUGGUGCACCUGGUCCCGCUGGUAGCCCCGGACUUACUGGUCCAGAAGGAGCUGCCGGUUUCCCAGGACCACAGGGAGCAACUGGUGAUGCAGCUCCAUCACCUCCGGGUCCCAGAAGCAGAGGGUUCUACUUCACAAGACAUUCGCAGUCAGAGAUGAUUCCGGUAUGCCCAAAGAAUACAGUGAAAUUAUGGGACGGAUACUCCUUGCUCUACAUAGUAAGCAACGGGAAUCCACACGGUCAAGAUCUAGGCUCAGCUGGAAGCUGCCUGAGGAAGUUCUCGACCCAGCCGUACUUGUUCUGCAACUUAAACAACGUUUGCGAUUAUGCGAAUCGUAACGACUACAGUUACUGGCUAAGCACAUCUGAGGAAAUGCCAACUAUGAUGACGCCAAUCCAAGCUCCGGAAGUUGGAAGAUACAUAUCCAGGUGUUCAGUUUGCGAAGCACCGACUAGGAUGAUUGCAGUUCACAGUCAGUCGAUGUCAAUACCAACCUGUCCAACCGGAUGGGAUGAGCUAUGGAUCGGUUACAGUUUCGUCAUGCACACCGAUGCUGGAGCACUUGGCAGUGGUCAGUCAUUGGUAUCACCUGGAUCGUGUCUUGAAGAACACCGUGCUCGACCGUUUGUAGAGUGUCAAAGUAUCGGCAGGUGUAACUAUUACACAACAGCAUACUCAUACUGGCUCGCCACGAUUGAGGAGCGUGACAUGUUCAGGAAACCACGACCAGAGACCCUCAAGUCUGACGUGACGUCCCGUAUAAGCAGAUGUGCAGUUUGCUUGCGGCAGCAUACUAACGAUGAAGCAAGGGCAAGUAGAUUCAGAUCGAACGUGGUUCCGCCGCCACCAAACUUCAGAAGAUACGGAGAUUCAAUUCAACCUCGGCCACUAUACCAGCCCAAUCCCUCAGAAAGACCAAGAGAAUCCAGGGUACGCGCCAAUCCUCGGAGACGUUUGCCUUACGGAUAUCGCAGGAGAGGAAGAGUCAAUCGGCGUCGUCCAGUAGCUAAUGCAUAUAACAGAGCUUAAAUCGAGUGAUUUUUAAGUGAAAAUAACCAAAAAUAAGAAAAGUUAAAAACUGCAUGAUGUAUGUAUAAUAUGAAACAAAGUUGUAAGAAGCAAAUUACGAUACAAUACAAGCUUUGUGUAUAAUGUAUAAAAUAUAAUAUCUGAAUUCUUUUUUCCCGUCAUAAACUUAAUUUAUAAUAUUUGAAUUUAAACGAUUUAUGGCCCUACACUCGUAACCGAUCAUUUGUUUUUACAUAAAAUAUACUAUUAUUAUACGUGUAUGUAUACUUACGCAUAUGUCGUACUAGUAGAAAAUGCGACGAUAUUGUGCCAUAAGUAAUAUUGUUGAUCAAACUAUACCUGUAAUAAUAACGACUGCCAAAUACCUUGUUAGAGUGCCUGCGAAUUAUAAAUAACUAAAUUAAUAUACAUUAUUAUAUUAUAAUUUUGUUAAUGUAACUUCAAAGAUACAAUAAAGAUAUUUUAUAUCAUAGUUAUAAUAAAGGAUUUGAAAUUUCA